AUGAGGAGAAAAUCAACUGUAUGUAUUGCUCGGCAAAUGGUUUUUCGUCACUGUAACACAUUUGUCGUUAAGAAGAAGGCUUUGCCGAAAUUAAACACUGCCAAUAACUUCCGCCCUUUUAUGCUUAAUAUAUCUCUCAACGGUCGACCGUCAUCUGCUGAUGAACCUGCGCACCACCCACGACAACAAAAGUUCAUUCACGAAUAUUUGCAGGAACACUUUAUUGAGCUUGAUUUAACCUAA